AAUCAGGAGAGCGCUCGCCCCUGACUCGCCCGGCCCACGCUUCCCGCCAGUCCCCUAACCUGAGGCUGCGGCGCGGCGGUCCCUGCGGCGCGGUGGUCACUGCGCCGAGGUAGUGGGCCCCAGCGCUGCGCUCUCUGGCCGUUCCUUACAGCUCUGCUCCAGGCUCCCGUGCAGGCGUGUAGUGGGACAUGGCGAACUCAGGCUGCAAGGACGUCACGGGUCCAGAUGAGGAGAGUUUUCUGUACUUUGCCUACGGCAGCAACCUGCUGACAGAGAGGAUCCACCUCCGAAACCCUUCCGCGGCGUUCUUCUGUGUGGCCCGCCUGCAGGAUUUUAAGCUUGACUUUGGCAAUUCCCAAGGCAAAACAAGUCAAACUUGGCAUGGAGGGAUAGCCACCAUUUUUCAGAGUCCUGGCGAUGAAGUGUGGGGAGUAGUAUGGAAAAUGAACAAAAGCAAUUUAAAUUCUCUGGAUGAGCAAGAAGGGGUUAAAAGUGGAAUGUAUGUUGUAAUAGAAGUUAAAGUUGCAACUCAAGAAGGAAGAGAAAUAACCUGUCGAAGUUAUCUGAUGACAAAUUAUGAAAGUGCUCCCCCAUCCCCACAGUAUAAAAAGAUUAUUUGCAUGGGCGCAAAAGAAAAUGGUUUGCCGCUGGAGUAUCAGGAGAAGUUAAAAGCAAUAGAACCAAAUGACUAUACAGGAAAGGUCUCAGAAGAAAUUGAAGACAUCAUCAAAAGAGGGGAAACACAAACUCUUUAGAACAUAACAGAAUAUAUCUAAGGGUAUUCUAUGUGCUAAUAUAAAAUAUUUUUAACACUUGAGAACAAGGAUCUGGGGGAUCUCCAUGUUUGAUCCAUUUUCAGCAGUGCUCUGAAGGAGUAUCUUACUUGGGUGAUUCCUUGUUUUCAGACUAUAAAAAGAAACUGGGAUAGGAGUUAGACGAUUUAAAAGGGGUGUAUGAGGGCCUGAAAUAUGUGACAAAUGAAUGUGAGUACCCCUUCUGUGAACACUGAAAGCUACUCUCUUGAAUUGAUCUUAAGUGUCUCCUUGCUCUGGUAAAAGAUAGAUUUGUAGCUCACUUGAUGAUGGUGCUGGUGAAUUGCUCUGCUCUGAGAUUUUUAAAAAUCAGCUUAAUGAGAGUAAUCUGCAGACAAUUGAUAAUAACAUUUUGAAAAUUGGAAAGAUGGUAUACUGUUUUUAGAGGAAUAAAUGUAUUUGUGGUUUAA